AUAAUUUUUAAAGUCUGUUCGUGAGUCACGGUGCAAUACUGAUCCAUAGUGCAGACGCGGACAGCUUAAUUCCUCUCUGUAUACACACCAAGCCGUCCGAGAAGUUGUUUAAUUACUCAAGUAAUUAGCACUACCUGCCAUCCGAUCAGAGCAGUACUUGUGUCACCUGCUUUAAUUGAAGCUCCCAUUUACUGAACGGUGACGCUGGUGUAGAGAAAAAAAACGGAAAGAAAAGUAACGAAGCAUGCAGUCGAUAAGUCCGUGACAGACGGCGUGUACCUAUCUCCGUUACCUGUUUUUUUUUUAAACUUAUAGCUGGGGAAUUUAAUAUCUUCAUACGUGGCAUAGGUAGAUACUCACACAGGAUAAACAGUCGGACAGGUGAAAGCGAGAUUUAUCUCCAUAAGUUUCCAAGACACUCCAGUUUUGCCGGGGACGCUUCAUUCAUGGAUGACUCUUAAGAUGGAUGAGGGGGGAUAAGUUUUGGAUACAUACCUGGAUGCCAGAGCUGUAUUUUACCUGUCCUGUCAAUAUUUACAUCUGAGAUCGUGGUCUGUAAUAAUCUGUAAUGAACUAAUAAUGGUUCUGUAAAGCAAGAUAAAGUUAAGCCUUUGUCUGUUAUAAAACGGAGCAACAAUUUGAUUCUUGGAAAAUGUGAAACUGGGCAAGUUAAGAAAAAUUCUUAGUCAUGGUGUGAAGAAGAUCAUAAAGAGAAGAAGGGUGACGAAGAACUUCAUUGUACGUACGUCUGUUAGUGUCAAACAUCAUCGAAGGCAUUGCGAAAUAAUUGGUAAACAAUUAAAAGUAUUACCGAUUUAAACCGCCGGAUUACAAUGCUACAAAUAUCCCCGGAUUUCUCCGGGCACGGACAAGGGAGCGAGUCGUACACACGGGAGUCGUUCCGGGAAAUCGCCGAAAAGAUGAACCUGUCCAGUGAGGAGCUAGAUAUCAUGUUCACGGCCCUGGACAGUGACGGGGAUGGAAUCAUCACUCACAGUGACCUGAUCUGUGAAUCCCCCCGCCUGAACAGUACCCCGGUCCAUCGUAAACCCGACACGUCCGAGAACUACAAACACCCUUUUAAAGACAUUGCCUCGGAUUUCAGAGUUUUGUCCACGGAAUGCCAGGAACAAGUUUGUGACCUCUAUCAACAGCUGCACGCCUCGGAUCAGCCCGAUCUACUACAGAACUUCGAGUCCAUCAUCCUGGGCGUCCUAAAGGAUGUACGAUUCUAUCAGCUGGAAAACGAACGGCUGGAAAAGUCCUUCAAAAGAGAGAAGGAGCAACAGGAGCGACAUCUCCGUGAGCUGGAGGAUGAGAUGGACAAGGAGAUCCAGAAGUUGGAGGAGGCCUUCAAGGCAAAGGAAGAGGAAAGAAUUGCAACAGAGAAAGCCGAGCUUAGAAAAGAAGUAGACAACGAGAUAAAAACCCUUCAACAGAAUCUGACCAAAUUACAGGAGGAUAAAUCGGACCCCCGGGGAUCCGAGCUGGAGGAACAAGUCAACAACGUGAAGUUAAAGCUAGACGAAUUAACGGUAGAGAACAGGCGCCUGCGCAGUGAGCUGACAGACGCACAGACAAACCUGGCGCUGGUCCGAAGCGAGCUGGCCACCGUGAGACAGCAGCACAAGGACAAGUGUCAGGAGCUCUCCAUGGAAAAGCAAACUGUUAUGGAUUAUAUCAAAGAGCAAGACAACUUAACGAGGCAACUCCAUCUGUUACAUGAUGCUAACAAACAGCUGCACGACACAAAUGACGACCUCAGACUUGCCAUUGAGAGCAGACGACAGGGACACAGACCGUCUGUGGCUAGUGCCACCAGCUCCACGCCCAACACAUGCGGCAAGGACCGGCGGGGCUCGGUGAUGAGUGAGUACUUCCUGGGACACCGAUCAGGGACUCCCUCGAUUCGUUCCUGUAACCUGAGCCCCGCGUCAUCAGUGGUAGAGGAGCCGAUAUCUCGACAACUAUCCGUCAGUAACUCGUCCUACUCACCCCGACAUUUCCCUGGCAGACUGCCAAGAGACGAGACCUGUGAAGAGGACAACAUAGCGGAUGACUUAGACAGCGGUCACUCCACUCUGAGGGAACACAACGACCUCGACACCGAGUCCGAGGCUCACUAUGACGACGAUCUCUACCGACACCGGAUGUUCACUCCCAAACCUCCGGCCAACAGACUGGUAGAGGAGACUGAUGAACCGGAAUCUCAUGAUGAAACCGAGGCUGAGUCGGUGUUCCCCAAUGACAAUCGAGCGCUGCAGCUGCAAACUCGGCUAGGUGCACCAAGCAUCAGAUCUUCUCGUGCCAGUCUCAGAUCUCGCGAGAGCAGAAACAGUCGUCUUCGUCGAAUGACAGCAAGCCAAGAGUCCAUUGGCUCUUCCAAAGCCUCCCGGGACCCAGAAAGGAUGUACAAGAUCGUGCUGGCCGGGGAUGCAGCCGUGGGCAAAUCCAGCUUCAUCAUGAGACUGUGCAAAGGAAAAUUUGUUCCCAACCUCAGCUCAACAUUAGGCGUUGAUUUUCAAACAAAGGUUUUGGAGGUUGACGGGAGAACCAUUGCCUUGCAGUUGUGGGAUACCGCUGGCCAAGAGAGAUUUAGAAGCAUAGCCAAGUCGUACUUCCGUCGGGCGGACGGUGUCCUCCUGCUGUACGACUGUUCCUACGAACGAUCGUUCAUGAGUGUCAGGGAGUGGGUGGAUUCCAUAGAGGAAGGAGCCCAGAAGAAGGUUCCCAUCAUGCUGUGCGGUAACAAGUCGGAUCUGAGAGAGGAGGCGGAAAAACAGGGCCGAAAAGUGGUCAACUUUGAGGAGGGGCAAAGACUGGCCAGGGAGUUUGAAGGUCUGUUCAUAGAAACCAGUGCUAAAGAGGGCUCCAAUAUAGUUGACGCAGUGACGGAACUUUCUAGACUUCUUGCAUCUAACGAAGAUUUAGAAGUGGAGGCCUCAGGGCUCCAGCUACACGACCCCAACUAUGACCCCAGCAAAAGAAUUAACUGCUGUGGAAGAUCUUCUUGAAAACUUUAAAUUAAACCCCGAAAAUCCACCUGAUAGAUAGUAUCAGGGGUGAAGGGAAUGGUAAUUCUUGGAAAUAAAGGGGUUUUUGACGUUUUUUGCAGACUUUUAACUACGAACGAGGAUUUAGAAGUGAAAACCUCCGGUCUGCAGCUCCAUAACGGAAACAUGAAGGGAAAGUCUUCAUGCUGCGGAUCGUAAUGGUUAACAAUGCACUGUCCCGUCAUCAUUUCAUUGUUUUAUGUGGUUAUAUGAGGAACAAGCACGCUUAUAUAAUGUAUCAGGGCUAUGCUUUUAUUUACACUUUUCAUUGUCCAUGUUAAUUUGUACAUUUUUAAUUUAUUUUGUGCAUUUUGUGAUGUUGAUAGCUAUAUCUCAAGUUUUAUACAUUUCAAAACAUUUUUACAUAUCCUUUUAAAAAUCUUAUCAUUGUUUUACAUGUUUAGAAAUCAGGUAAACAUCCAUGAUUUAUCUGUUAUUAUGUGCAAUAGUUUAAUAAUGGUAGUCAGAAUUACAUGUAGAUAGAUUUGUUUUAUUGUUGUCAAGGAGAGUUCGAUGCAUAUGAAAUGAAGUAUUCGCUUUCGACAUUUCGUAUAAUGUGAACAGGUUUUCGCACUCCCCAAGAUUGGACUUUCGUGUUCGAAAAAUUCAUCAUUUUUCAGUUUAUGAUUUACAAUUUGGUAUUUUCAUAGACACCGUCAGGUGUGAUAAUAAGAUACGUUUAUUUGUAUACUGAAACAAGAAAAAUGACAGAUGACCAGUGCAAUGAAGUAGACAAUGUUUCAAACACCUCUAAAAGUUUUAUGUUUUAAAUAGUAUUUUAUUGCACCACGUGUUUAGAAGCAAUUUCAUUUUCAAACCUUUACAAUAAUUCGCCGUUCCAAAGAAUAAUUAAUUUUCUCCUAAAAUUCAUUAGCUACAUUUUAAAAAUUAUGAGGAAGAAAUCUGUAUCCAUUGAACUAGAUCUUAGCCUGGACACAUUGUCUUGCAUAGUCCCAUAAUAUAUAGGAUAAUAGUGACUGCAUACGGCAGACUUUCGAACAUAGCAGAGUAACUUUUUACUGCGCUCUCAAUUCAUGUAUGAUAUUCCCACUGUCUAGUCUCGCACCUUGUUUUUUAUGCUGGUAUUUAGUUGUUGAAGCAGAAUAUUAGCUUUUGUUAAGUUUUUUCUUUGGAAUAAAAAAUGAAACGUG